AUGAAUAGUGAUGAUAUUCAAAGGCUUAUCACGGCUCAACAACAACAACUUGAGGCCCAGAACAGGAUGAUUGCAGAAAUGCAAGCGCAGACUGCUUCACGCGACAAAGCGUAUGAAGACUUACUCAAGCAGUUUGGAAAUAUAGGUGUCUCACCCUCAACCUCAUCUGCUUUACCAAAAAAGAAGAAAACUCGUGCUUCCACUGGCUCGAUGCCACAUCAACCUCCUGUCAGUACUCCAUCUACCAGCAAAAAAACACCCACCAGUUUUAAAGACACAAAGGAAUGUUUCUUUUUAUUCAUUCGAGUUAUGUGGGGUCUCAUCUUGGCGGGUGCGGUUCCCAAGGCACCAGACCCAGCUCUUAUGGAAGAAUUCAACGCACGUCUCUCUAAUGUAUCAGAAAUCGCCGGUGUAUUGGACAAUCACGCAGCUCAGAGUCUGAUUGACGAUAAGGAAGUAAUCACACUGGCUGAAGCCCGUCAUGGUCGCAUGAAGGUCGGAAAGGGUAUCUUCAACAUCAAAGAUUUUUUCCUUCUUUUCACUCGAGCAAUGCUGGCCAAGCUUGGCAUACGAGUUUGGUGCCCUGAUCUAGAUGCCUCUGAGGACUCGAUGUGGAACGAAGCCUGUCGAAUCAGUGCCAUUUGUAUUUUCCGGCAAUGGGCGAUAGCUGAUGCUUUCAUCACAAUGAACAUCAACAAAUCCUUUAUCAACAAUAUCUUACUGCUUGAACGAACUUACAAUCAUUACGUGUUUCAUGUGUGUGCCGACAAGUACAAACAAGAGUUGAAGGGGGAGGGAACAAACAAGGUGGCAGAUGAGAGAAGAGCUGCACAGACAUGUCGCAGACGUUUGAUGGCUUAUGUGGCCAAGACCCUGGUAUACCGAUCUGCUAAGGCCAACCAGAUGAUAUGGCAAGUUGACGAGCACAUGUGGUGUUCCAAAGAAAUCAAUGGUACACGGGUUCAAUCACGACCACGUUUGCGACCCAAGACCCCAAAGAUGUCAACUUUCACCAAACCUCCGAAGAAAUUUCCGAUUGACUUUUUCAACGCUGACUGGUUCAACAACUCCCUUUUGCUUGCACAGAAACUUCAAGUCGCUGAUAUUCACAAAGUCAUCUUUCUUCCCAAUCCAACUCUUUCCCUCCUUGGUACACCUCACCCUGACAAAAAAUUGAAUGACAAGAAAUUUACUGAAAAACAUUGGGCUGACGCCACAAAGGACUACUGUAUGGAUCAACUCAUCAAUCAAGAAGAAGAAGAAAAUUCUGAUAGCGACGAGGAUGGAGAUGACGAGUCGCAUGAUGGAGAUAGCAUUGACUUGGAUGAGACUGACGGGGAAGAUGAUGGAGAGGAAGAGGAUGAGGAUUAUGAAGAAGAGGAAGAGGAGGAUGAAGAUGAUGAUGAUGAUGUUGGUAAUGAUUUUGAAGAAGAGGGAGCACCAGUAGGAAAGGGGAAGGGAAAGGCACCAGCAGGAAGCGGGCCAUACUUUGUGGAUGAUACGGAUGUGUAUGUGGAUGAGGAAGCAGAAGAUGAGGGUUGUGCGCUAAGAUUGGAUGCCUGGCAGAAUGCUUGA